AUGAAAACAAAAAGGAAAAGGAGGAUUUGGCUGGGAACGUUUGGGACUGCGGAGGAAGCAGCAAGAGCCUACGACGAGGCCGCCGUUUUAAUGAGCGGCCGCAACGCCAAGACCAACUUCCCUCUCAGCAACAACAUCACAGGAGACACAUCUGAGAGCAAAACCGACGUUUCAGCCUCUGCAUCUACAUCACUCUCUUCCAGCCUCAGCGCCAAACUGAGGAAAUGCUGCAAGUCUCCUUCGCCAUCCCUCACCUGCCUCCGUCUUGACACGGCCAGCUCCCACAUCGGCGUCUGGCAGAAACGUGCCGGUUCCAAGUCUGAUUCCAGUUGGGUCAUGACGGUGGAGCUUGGCCCCGCCGGCCCCUCACAGGAGCCUACUUUAAAAGCUUCACUUGAUGAUGUUGGUCCGGUCACUGAGGUUGGCGGCGGCAGAGAAGAAGAAGGUGUAAUGGACGAGGAAGAGAAGGUUGCUUUGCAAAUGAUAGAGGAGCUUCUCAAUACAAACUAA